CGAGUUGCUUAUUGAGAGCUACUGCUUACUGAUUGCGAUUCGACUUGCGAUCAAACGUCGAUUAAGGCGGGUCAGGCUCGAGAACAUCGCCUCCUCGGCCUCAUUAUCGACCGUCCUUUGUAAAGCAAGACUGUAUCCCCAGGAAUCCAGCAGAUACAACUUCACCAUUGAUAGGGAGAUAUGCCAGAUUGGUCUAAGAUGAGCAUGCUAGGGAGGCGGCAGGAUGACGAUACGGAAGCACCGCUAUUCCGGUCCGAUAUGCCUGAUCCUUAUGCAGCUUCCUCGAGUUCGAUGUCUCCAUCUUCUUUUCGACACGAUCAAAGGCAUGAUCUGGCAUCUUCCUCAACGGGGUCUUUGCCUCAACUUGAAGCUUCCGAGGACCUGCCCACCGCUUCAGCAUUGUUAUUCGAGGCUCCCGAAGAUGACAAUGGGAGUGUUCCAACUAUCAAUCCAUCCAUACUUGCACCUCGACCGAUGUCUUCUCCGGGAAAGAAAGGGAAAGGCAGGGCGACCAUGGUGGAGUCUGCAGGUCCAGAGCACGAAGAUCACGUCGAACUUCCUAUGAACACAGCGGCUCGGAGAGGAUGGUUGGCACAUCAAAGUAUCUUUCCUUCCAGCGCUCGAGCUCCUUCGCCGUUGGACGCAUCGGGAUUGA